AUGGCAACUUUGAAGAAUAUCGCACUUGUUGGUGCAAGCGGCAACAUUGGGAAAAUCAUUCUGGAUAGUUUGGUAGUCUCACCUGACUUUGAAAUCACUGUUGUUUCGCGCAAGGAAAGCAAGGCAGUUUUUCCCUCCGGUGUUGCUGUUCAUAAGAGUGACUUCUCGGAUGCGGAUCUGGAGGCUGUUUUCAAGGGCAAAGAUGCUGUGAUUUCAGCACUGGGUGCCACUGGAUUCGGCGAGCAAAAGAAACUCGUAGAUGCAGCCAUCCGUGUCGGUGUUAACAGAUUCAUUCCAUCAGAGUUCUCAGCGAAUAGCCUGAAUGAUACGGUGCUUCAUCUGCUGCCAUUAUUUGGGCAGAAGAGAGAACUCAUCGAAUAUCUAAAGACUAAGGAGGCCGAUGGGUUCACCUGGACCGGUAUUGCAACUUCUGGCUUGCUGGAUUGGGGUCUGGCGAACGGUUUCUUGCAAUUCGACAUCGCGAAUCGUACGGCUACCAUCUGGGAUGGCGGCCGCAAGAGUUUCUCCCUCAUCAACGAGAAGUCCCUUGGUCAAUCGGUUGUUUCUGUCUUGCAGAAUCCUGAGCAAACCAAGAACAAGUAUCUUUAUGUCGCCUCCGUCGAGACCACUCAGCUCGAGAUCCUUGCGGCCCUGGAGAAGGAGACUGGAACCAAGUGGACAUUCCAAGAAACUACAACUGAGACCCAACUUAGUGAGUCAGCCAAGAAGCUCACUGGUGGUGAUUUUGAAGGCGCCUUCAUCCUGGUUAGAGCGACUGUGUUUGGCAACACCCUGGGGCUCAACGCCAACUAUGUCAAGGAUACAGAACUGGCGAACGAUAUUCUGGGGCUGAAGCUAGAGAGCGUGGAGGAGACUGUCAAGCGGGUUGUUAAUAAAUAG